CUGGAACCAUGGAUGAAAUUAGUUUUUAAUGAUUAUUCUCCAUAGAUAUGCAAACUGGCUAUGCUCAGAACACUUUUUAGAAGUACAAAAACCUCUUUUAGCCCAUGUUAUGUUAUUUCUGGCGUAGCUGCAAGAUAUUUUUCRCGUAACAAUGUCAAGAGCUUGACAGUUCGACUUCAAAGAAAACGCGAUUGUUAUCUAAAUUUGAGAAAAUUUUCGUCGAAAUCGAGUCCAGUACAGGAGUAUGAAGCACAUACAAACCAUCCUUUGGAGCUUAAUCCUCCACCAGCAUUCAUUCAAGAAAGAAUUCAACUUUUYAAUAAACUAAAGACAGAAUAUGAUGCCAAAAUUGCAGCCAAAGAAAACACACCAAUAAAGAUCACUUUACCAGACGGCAAAGUUGUUGAUGGAUUAUCGUGGAAGACCACACCAUACGAUAUUGCAUGCUCUAUCAGUCAAGGUCUUGCAGAUAAUGCUGUUGUUGCCAAGGUCAAUGAUGAGGUCUAUGAUCUGGAUAGAGUUCUUGAGGGAGAUUGUACCAUGAAAUUCUUGAAGUUUGAUGACCCUGAAGGAAGUGCAGUGUUCUGGCAUUCUAGUGCUCAUAUACUGGGUGAAGCCAUGGAGCGUCACUAUGGUGGGUGUCUGUGCUAUGGUCCGCCCAUUGAAGAGGGUUAUUUCUAUGAUAUGUUUCUUGAAGGCAGGCAAGUGUCAUCAAAUGAUUUCACAUCACUUGACACUUUGACCAAGUCUAUCGUGAAGGAGAAGCAACCAUUUGAAAGACUUGAAAUGACUAAGGAGGAACUCCUGRAAAUGUUCAAGUACAAUGAAUUCAAAUGUAGAAUACUGAGAGAAAAAGUAAAAACUCCAACAACUACUGUGUACAGGUGUGGUCCACUCAUUGACUUGUGCAGGGGUCCUCACGUCAGACACACUGGCAAAAUUAAGUCAAUGGCAGUCACUAAGAAUUCAGCAACCUACUGGGAAGGUAACUGUGAAGCCGAAUCCCUUCAAAGAAUUUAUGGUAUAUCAUUCCCUAAUGACAAGCAGAUGAAGGAGUGGAAGAAGUUCCAAGAAGAAGCAGCAAAGAGAGAUCACAGGAAAUUAGGAAGAGAUCAGGAGCUGUUCUUUUUCCACGACCUUAGCCCUGGUAGCUGCUUCUUCCUACCAAAAGGAGCUCAUAUCUACAACACUCUUAUCAAUUUUAUGAAGGAGGAAUACAGAAAACGUGGUUUCCAAGAAGUUGUCAGUCCAAAUAUCUACAGCACCAAACUAUGGGAAACGUCUGGGCACUGGCAGCACUACAGUGAAAACAUGUUUUCUUUUGAAGUCGAAAAAGAACGCUAUGCUCUCAAGCCUAUGAACUGCCCUGGACAUUGCGUCAUGUUCGAUCAUCGACCUCGAUCAUGGAGAGAGCUUCCUCUAAGAAUGGCUGAUUUUGGUGUUUUACAUCGUAACGAGUUGUCUGGUACUUUGAGUGGAUUGACGCGAGUUAGACGAUUCCAACAGGACGAUGCUCACAUAUUUUGCACUUCUGAACAGAUUGGCCAAGAAAUUGUAGGCUGUCUGGACUUCCUCAANCGAUCCCAUUCGCAGUCAAUGUAAUAUGCGUUUUAUUUUGCUUUAGAAUUAGAAAAAGCAUUGAACGAUUUUGGCCAGGAUUGGGUUCUGAACCCUGGUGAUGGUGCCUUCUAUGGACCAAAGAUUGAUAUCCAGAUUCAAGAUGCAUUGCGUCGUUAUCAUCAAUGUGCCACAAUUCAACUCGACUUUCAACUCCCCGAGAGAUUUAACCUGACAUACGUUACUGGAGAAGGAGAUGAGAAGAAGCGACCAGUGAUAGUUCACCGUGCUAUCUUAGGAUCUGUAGAGCGAAUGAUUGCUAUUUUGACUGAAAACUUYGGAGGAAAAUGGCCAUUCUGGUUGUCUCCACGACAGAGCUURGUGAUUCCUGUUGGAGCUAAGUAUGACGAGUAUGCCAAAAAGGUGAAGGAACAAAUCACCGAAGGAGGAUAUCUUUGUGAAGCGGACCUUGAUCAUGGCACCACGUUAAACAAGAAAAUUAGAAAUGCUCAGCUUGCACAGUAUAACUUUAUAUUUGUGGUCGGUGAAAAGGAAGCCACGUCGAAUACGGUGAAUGUUCGUACAAGAGACAACAUUGUCCACGGCGAGAGAUCCAUCGAAGCUGUGCUGAACAAGUUUGCAACCCUAGCUUCAGAGCGCAUUAGAAAUAGCGAGGAUGACUUCUAAACUGAUAUUUAAUUAAAAUUUUACAGUUAACUUUCUUUCUUAUU